CGCUGGUGUCAUGUGAUUAUAUAUAGUUCAUGUUAAGAUGUGUAUUUAAAGCGGUGACCUUUGCGCCGGAAGCAGUCAGGUGUAAACACAGCGCGUCCUUAAUGUCCCAAAGUUGGAGAAAAAAAAAAAAAUGUCCAAAACCAGGAAAACGGUUUUGAUAUUUGGAGGAUUUGUCGCGGUUGUGGCCGCGACUUUUUACCCUAUUUUUUACUACCCGCUGACUCACACAGAAGACUACAGACAGAUCCAAAAGGUGAAUCGGGCAGGAAUUAACCAGGAAGAUGUACAACCUGUCGGUCUGAAGAUUUGGUCUGAUCCCUUCAAACCUGGAACCAAAUGAUGAAGACCAAAGCACGUGUGUGUGUGUGUGUGUGUGUGUGUGUGUGUGUGUGUGUGUGUGUGUGUGUGUGUGUGUGUGUGUGUGUGUGUGUGUGUGUGUGAGAGAGAGAGUGAGAAACACUGACUUCUUUUGUGAGUGAAUAUUUUUGGAGCAAAGUU